UGUGAAGAUGUGUUCUCCUGCCAGGCUUGCUGGCAGGUCGAGGGGCCAGGCGAGGCGAUGCAAUGCCAAUCUUGUUCAGCUGGUACUUUUUCGGACAGCUAUGACUCUGAUCAAUGCCGCCCACAUUCCUCCUGUGGGGUCCUCAACAAAAAGGUUGUGACCUCUGGUACAUCGCACUCUGAUGCUGUCUGCGGAGACUGUCUGUAUGGGUUCCACCCCACUGCUGGGAGGAUAGCCUCCACCCUGGCCUGUGUGAGAGCCCCCCCUGCCCAAUCAACCCACGUGCGCGUGGUGCGUACAGUGGAUAAGGGUUUGACGGGCAGUGGCGGCCUGCCGGUGAACGGUACAGCAGUGCGGAGCCCGGAGGAGAAGAGUACAGAGUAUGCCGUGUUCGCCCUGGUGCCGAUCUUCUGUGUGAUGGGACUCCUGGGGAUCCUCAUCUGUAAUAUCCUCAAGAAGAAAGGAUACAACUGCACUGCUGAGAAGGAAGGAGGAGACGAGGAGAAUGCUACACCACAGAAAGAGGGUAACGCUUGUCCCUACAUCGUAGACGAUCCUAAUGAAGACACCAUCAGUGUUCUAGUGCGCCUCAUCACAGAGAAGAAAGAGAAUGCUGCUGCCCUGGAGGAGCUGCUACUGGAGUACGAGAGUAAACAGUUGGCCAUCAGCAAAGCCUCCUCAAUCAAGUUCCCGGUGCUGUCUCCGUUGACUCAUUUCCUCUCCUUACCCAGACUAUGUCCUCACCAGUCUCACCUCCAUACCAUCUCUGGUCUGUCUGGCCUGUCUGGCCCCCGACACGGCUACUGCUGCUCCCGCUGUGCCCAGAAGAAAUGGCCCCCCAUCCUCCUCGCCCCCCUCAAACCCCCAAAGUUCCUCCUGACCCCCCUCAUACCCCCUCAGUCUCUCCUGUUACCCCCUCUGGGCCUCCAGAAGACUCCUCUCCUGCCCCCUGUGGACACACACCACUCCACCACUAAGAUCUCCCAGACGCCCAGGGCUGGUUCAGGGUUACACCCUGAAGGGAAGUGGAGGAUUCCUGGGGAGGUGACCCGGUCUGUUGGGAGGUUUCAGGUGGCUCAGAUUCAGGAGCAGAGGCCUGGUUCCGUGGAGAUGACGUUCUGCCCAGAGUCGAGUGACUCAGACUCAGUGGAGGAUUCAUCUCUGCUGGGGGCGAACAAGUCAUCCUCGUUAUCAUCCUCACCAGCUGCCAGGGGUACACAGGAGGUUAACAGCUAAACAUUCGCAGAGAGGAAUGCUGGGUAAAAAUAACUCUACCUCGCUGAUCGAUGGAUUUGAUGGGAUUCCAAAAUGGCGACCAGAGAAGUUGGGAUUUGGGAAGUUAGCCUGGGUGCUUGUUGGGAAGUUAGCCUGGGUGCCAGAGAAAGGGAAACCCUUGUAUUUAUAACACAAACAAGUUGUAUCUAUUUAUAUUGUCUUUAGAGGCAGGGAGAAGAGAGGAGGAACAAACUAUGAAUUAACCCAACCGUGUGGUCAACGCAGUCUGCACUCGACACUGUGCAAUACACACACACACACACCUACACACACACACACACACAUACCUACACACACACACACACACAAAAAAAAUAACAAGUAUUAUUAUAGGAAACGACUCCAAUUUGUAGUGUAGAGAACUUUUAAUCAUUUUUCUAACACAGCUGUUUUGACUUGUUAUAUUUGAAACGCUGAUUAGCGUAAGUUUUAGGCCUUCUUGAUAAUGUUGAAUGUAGUCUCCAACAUUGACAGAGAGACAUAAUAAUAUACAAACAGCAUGAACUACAUGUUGUACUCUUUAGCUCUUAUAGAUGGCAUUUAACUUCAUUUAGUUUCUGAUUAAAGUUGAACUGGUGGUAACAGCGGUGUAAAUGACUGCAUAUAUGUACAUAGGGCUGUGAAUAUUGAAACUCUUAGAUUUGACAAGAGAAGGGUCGGACAGCGACAGGGAGAGAGUCAGGGAGAGGGACAGGGAGGAGGUCAGGCAGAGAGUCGGGCAGACGGGCAGGGAGAGAGUCAGGGAGAGGGUCAGGGAGAGAGUCAGGGAGAGAGUCAGGGAGAGGGUCAGGGCGAGAGUCAGGGAGAGGGAGAGGGACAGGAAGAGAGUCAGGGAGAGGGUCAGGGAGCGAGUCAGGGAGAGGGAGAGGGACAGGAAGAGAGUCAGGGAGAGGGUCAGGGAGAGGGUCAGGGAGCGAGUCAGGGAGGAGGUCAGGCAGAGAGUCAGGGACAAGGUCAGGACAGGGUGAGGAACAGGACAGAGUCGGGACAGGGAUAGGGUCAGGGACAGGACAGAGUCAGGGACAAGGUCAGGACAGAGUCAGGGACAAGGUCAGGACAGAGUCAGGGACAAGGUCAGGACAGAGUCAGGGACAAGGUCAGGACAGAGUCAGGGACAAGGUCAGGACAGAGUCAGGGACAAGGUCAGGACAGAGUCAGGGACAAGGUCAGGACAGAGUCAGGGACAAGGUCAGGACAGGGUCAGGGACAAGGUCAGGACAGGGUCAGGGACAAGGUCAGGACAGGGACAAGGUCAGGACAGGGUCAGGACAGGGUCAGGGACAAGGUCAGGACAGGGUCAGGAACAGGACAGGGUCAGGACAGAGUCGGGGACAGGGAUAGGGUCAGGGACCGGACAGAGUCGGGGACAGGAACAGGACAGAGUCAGGGACAGGAACAGGACAGAGUCAGGGACUGCGUCAGUCAGGGACUGCGUCAGUCAGGGUCAGGAACAGAGUCAGGGACAGGACAGAGUCAGGGAUAGGACAGAGUCAGGGACAGGACAGAGUCAGGUACAGCAUCAAUCAGGGACACAGUCAGGGACAGCGUCAGUCAGGGACAGCGUCAGUCAGGGACAGGACAGGGUCAGGAACUGGACAGUCAGGGACAGGACAGAGUCAGUCAGGGACAGGGUCAGGGACAGGGUCAGGGACAGGGUCAGGAACAGGGACAGCGUCAGUCAGGGACAGCGUCAGUCAGGGACAGGGCAGGGACAGGGCAGAGUUAGGGACAGGGCAGAGUCAGGGACAGCGUCAGACAGGGACAGGGCAGAGUCAGGGACAGGACAGUCAGGGACAGGGCAGAGUCAGGGACAGCGUCAGUCAGGGACAGGGUCAGUCAGGGACAGGACAGUCAGGGACAGUGACAGUCAGGGACAGGACAGUCAGGGACAGCGUCAGACAGGGACAGCGUUAGUCAGGGUGUGGGUUUGCCAGUAGUUUGCGGUGCUUCUUUUGACACACUUAAGUAUGUCCCAGGCAUUUUGGGGGAGAUGUGCUUUGUCCUGUGACUUCCUCGCUCCUGGCUUGUCACAGAUCUAGGAUCAGUUGACCCUCCCAGCUACACUGACCAUUGAUCAGUGGCAUCCUACUCCAUGUGGCACUUAGCUCAAACCAUGACCUCACUUCCUGCCUUGUGACAAUUGCCUUUCAACAAACAUAGACUAACGGUAUUAGGAUAAUCAACUAGUCUCUUUUGCCCCCACAGAUAAAGCACUACAGAUGCAUUAUUCAUUCCGUUUUCAGGCAACUGUUAUUACGUAUUGCUACACACACACACACACACACACACACACACACACACACACACACACACACACACACACACACACACACACACACACACACACACACACACACACACACACACACACACAGUCUUACUCCCCCAAGGAGAGCAUGCAGACAGACACUAUCACUAUCAUCUCUGGGUAAUCUGAGUAAAAACUGUAUUCUCAGUCCUCCUAAAGAGAACUACAUUAUCAUAGGAAUAUUUAGACUUUGACCAUCUCAAUGUCAUUCCCUCAGCUGCAUUUCAAGUGUUUUUACUUCAGUUUUUUGUUUGUUAUUUGAAUAGAUUUCCGAGUAGUGGCUGCUUCACUGUGGAAACAGUUUGGGUUUUGCAGUUUACAUUUGAUAAAGGGUGGAUGAUGAUCAGGAUCUAGUUGAACUAUUUUUUAUAUUCUGUAUGUUGCUGUUUUUGCCGUUUAGAACCAUUGUCUGGAUUUGAUAAUUUUUAUUGUUUGAACAUUUCCAUGUUUUUAUCUGAUUUUAUUAUAACAUGUUAUAAACUGAAGUGUUGAAGAAAGGAAAGGAAAACAACUCAUCUUCUCUACAUUGUAGAUUUGUAUUUAUUAUAUUGCAUUUUUCUCUAUGAUAUUUCUACUCUUGAAAUAAAUGAGCGGUUUAUUUUGA